AUGUCAGAAGACUCGAAUUCAAUCUUAACAACUAUAAAGUAUUACAAAAGCAUUUUAAAAUUUCCAUCAUUUCCAAAAUAAUAUUCAGAAUUAGAUGAGACAUAAGAAUAGAAUGAACUUUUUUUUUGUAAUUCCAAAUAGAGGAAGGAGGAAAGUUUAAAACUCUUAAAAGAAUGGGCUUAAAAUAGAAUGGAUUUAUUUGAAAAGAAUAGAGAAAUUGUAGAAGAAUUAGCAGUUUCAUGUGACUAUAGAAUCCGCUUAUCAGUUGAUUUUCUUCAAAUAGUUUACAAAUUUUUCAAUGAGAAAUAUUUCCAUGAAUAACAAUAUGCAUAAUUCCUCAUCACUAAACCUUAGCCAGCCUUGAAACAAAAUCCACUAAAUCAAUAACUGUAUUCUACAGUAGGAACUUCGAUAUCCACAUUUGAAGAAAACAAUUUAAAAAGAUUAGAAAAAAUAGCAAACUUUGCUCAUACAAUUCAAACCGAAAUACUAAAAGCAUAAUCAUUUCAUGAUUUGAGUGAUAUGGAUAAACAAUUAGACUUGCUGUUGAGUUCAAUAAUCUCAUAGAAAAAAUUACUCCAAAAUUACAUUACAUCAGCAGGUUAGAAGUUAAAUUAAAUUAUCUAACAAUUUCCAUAGCAUGGCCAACCUUAAAGAUAGAGAAAACCAAUUUUUGAUGAUUAGUAACAACAAUCUUAAUAAUCUCAACAAUAACCUUAAUUACCAUAAUAAAGUAGAACAGAUAAAAUAUUAUAAAAUAUCUCAGCCUUAGGAACUUUACUAGUUGGAGCAUCAUCUUUCUAAGAUCCUGUAGAAAUGGAACUAAAUUAACAGAUGAAAGAAUAAGAAAGAUAAAUUAGAGAACAACAAUUAAAAGAAGAACAAAGUUUAAGCAAUGGAAGUGAAUUAUAAUAAGAUGUGGAAAAUCAAGAAUAGAAGGAGAUCUCAAAUAAAGAAGAAGAAUAAGUUGAUAAAUAAUCAUAGAGUGAAAAGCCAUAAGAAUUAGAGAGUUAAUCAGAAUUAAAAGAAAAUUAGAAUGAAUAAUAGUUUGAAUAAAAACAAUUGCCAUAAAAGCUGUCAGGAUCAUUAAGCAGUGCAGAAUACUAUAAAUAAUAAUAAUAAUUAAAAGAAAGAUAAUAAUUUGAAUCAAAUAACAUUAAAUCUAAAAACUAUCAACCUUAAGGAUAAUCCUUUUAAUAAAACAAAUACGAAGAUAAUGGAAAAAAAAUAAAUAAUCAACCUGUUGAUGUUUAUAGACUAAUUAUUAGUUUUGUAGCCACCCAAUAAUAUGCUAACAAAUCGUUGAAUUAGUUAGCUGAAAAAGUAUUAUAAUAUUGGAAAUAAGUUAUUACAAUAGAAUAGAAACGAGCACAAUGGGCUAAAGAUUCUUGUUUGAUCUAUAAAAAGGGAAUUGCAGAAGUGCACAAUUUAUAAGUAGAUCUACCUGAAUUGGUAAUUGAUGUUGAAUAACAUUACAAUCUCAAAAAAAUAUUACCUAAAGAGAUUGCCUAAUUUGAAGAUGGCCAUUAAGAAGAAUUUAUAUAAACAUUAGUUAUAAAGGAAAUUGGAUGUUAAGCAGCAAGACUGUUAUUAGUCAAGGAAUUCAGAGUGCAUGUUGUUGAUAAAAAUAAUGAAUAAUCAGCCAUUCUAGUAUUAACUAUAGAUAAAUAUGUUGGCUGUUGGUUAAAGCAUGAUGACACAAUAGAAGCUGUUGAUAAUCCAGUUCUUCAUUAUCCAAUUAAGGAUAUGGCUAUUCAGAAAGUUAAUGAACUAAUAUUAGAUAUAAUGCCCUCAAGACAUUUAUUGUUUUUGAAUAUCGCAAAUGACAGAUAGAAAAGCAGAAUUAAAUUCCAAAUGCCCGAUGAUAUGGAAGAAUUUUGUACAAUUUCAUAAGCAAAAGCUUGAUAAUAUUGAGUGUAAUAUAAUGAAAUUAAAUUGUUUUAUAUUAUUCUUCAAA